GGGCCUCAACACUCUCUACCCACAGCCGGCGAAAGUACCGGCCGUGACAACGUUCGAAUUCCGGCUGAAUUGGCGACUUGGACUUGGACCAAGUGUGAUGCUUGAGGUUUUGGUUGGCUGAGUUUAAUGGCAGACUCGGACAAUGACUCGGGAGGAGCUCAGAACAACAACAGCGGCGGCAACGUGAACAGCGAGUUGUCGGCGAGAGAGCAGGACCGGCUGCUUCCGAUCGCGAACGUGAGCAGGAUAAUGAAGAAGGCGUUGCCAGCGAACGCAAAGAUCUCGAAGGACGCGAAGGAGACUGUGCAGGAGUGCGUGUCGGAGUUCAUCAGCUUCGUCACCGGAGAGGCGUCGGACAAGUGUCAGAGAGAGAAGAGGAAGACGAUCAACGGUGACGAUCUCUUGUGGGCCAUGAUGACGCUGGGGUUCGAGGAGUACGUGGAGCCGUUGAAGGUGUACCUCCAGAAGUUCCGGGAGGUGGAGGGCGAGAAGACCGCUGUGGGCAGACAGGUCGAGAAGGACGGCGGCGGCUCCAGCGGGGACGGAGGUAAUGGCGGCGUAGUAAACACUGGAAACUUCGGAAGUGGGUACGGUGCGAUGCAGCAGACAAUGAUGAUGAUGGGCCACCACCAGCAUCAUCAAGGACACGUCUACGGAUCAGGGUCGUAUCAUCAGAUGGGUAGCGGCAGUAGACCUACCUCCGGUGGUUCUAGCAGUGGUGGCGGAGCGGCCACCGGAAGACCCAGGCUAUGUUCGAAUACAUUCUUUUCUGGAGCUACUGGAGCUAGCUGGAGAAGGGGAUGGAUGAAGAAAACACUAGCUACAGCCCUUGCUCUUGGUUUUUCUUCUUCUUUUUGUUUUUUUCUUUCCUUUCCAGUUUAUUUCAUAUAUAAAUUGUAAAUCCAAAAAAAAAAAAAAAAACCCAGAAAUUAAGCUAGCUUGAAAUCUAUAAACCAUAUAAUUCAUGAUGGAUUUCUUGUUAUGGGCUGUUUCCAUCUCCACACUGGAUGAUUUCUUUUACUUUUAUCUUUUCUAUCUUCGGGAAGUGGGGAGGGAGAGAAAAGAGAAGCCACUAGCCAGUUCCAAAAGCGCUCGUGUAAGAUUUCGACUUCUGAGCUCUGAAUAUGGAAACCGAGAAAACAAGCGGCGAUGCUUCUCCAAAUUAUACUGUUUGUCUGAACCAAAGUGGCAAAGAGACGGAGGAGGCCCCCUUUCCGCUGCAUACUCCACCUGUCCCUCUCUCACAAUUAGGCCGUAAAAUUAGUCAAACUUUUCUUCCUUCUCUUUCUUUUCCUUUCUAAUAGGUGUUUUUCUUCGUGUAUUCCCAUUACUCAAAAUAAAAUAAUGUCAUUGUUGUUUGUACACAUCACUAAA